ACUUGGCAACUUGGCGGUGUAGCGUGAUUGUGGAGCACAAAAGGUAGCGCUGCAGCUCGCAGCACUUAGCCCCUCUCCCCCCUUUUGUAGAAAACGUAUUUAUUUUAAACGACUAGAUUGAAGGGCAGCUGCUGACAGGCUGCUUGUUUCCACCGAGGUUUCUUGCCUGCAAUGAGUAAGAGGAAUAAUCUAAGAAGCAUUUUAUCCUGUUAAUCAGUUGGUUUGGCGUGAGCAGACCUACUCAUCGGCACUGAAACACCAGCAUGCCGGAAGACAAGCCCGGCAAGCUCCUUCAGUCCCCCAUGAGCUCUGAACGGACAAAGAAGAAAAGAAACAAAGGCACUGUUUCCACCUGUGCCUUAGAAAAUGCAGAGAAACUUCUGGCUGUAUCUUUGCCUCCUGAGAUCUUGCCGCUGGCCCUGCUGCCUCCUCAGAGUACGGGUCAGUCCCAAGACCAGGUUCCCAAGCUCAGAGCCUCCACUAAGACGAACAGAGAACGACAGAGGAAAAAACACCACAAGGACUCUCCGGCCACGCUGACAGAGAACCAUAAAAGCGAUGGAAGUGGAGAUACUGCUCAGGGAUACGUGAAGGAGCUCACUGUCCUGCAGCACUCUGUCCCAGCUCAGACUCUCAGCCUGCGGUGGGAGGGAGUGCUGCAGGAUCCCCAGGCGGAGGCAAAGAGACUGGAGCAAUACAGGGCCAACAGGCGGCAGCGGUACAUCGCACACAGAGAGGCUCUGUUAAAGAAACCCUUAAGACAGACUUUUCCUAAAGAGAAAAAGGUUCCAGCUGAAUGUGACCAGCAGGAGGCUGCGUCAUUACUGCAGCUGAGCAGACACUGAAUUAAAGAAGCAAAAGAGAGCCUUAUGCUGUUA